GUAACACGUAUAUUGUACGUGUAGUACAGUUUUGCAUGGGGUGCAUUAAUAAAAUGUGCCAACUCUGCAUAAUCGUAUAAAAAACAAAAAACAAAUACGAGUAUUACAGUAGUUGGAUAAUCUUGAUUUCAUCUCUAAUUCACAUCGGCCUCUGUAAAUUUCUCCAGAGGGAAGCGUGAAGUUUUGUGGUACUUCGAUUUAAAUUUUCGCGGCACCAGGUAUUAGAUUUUUAUUCCAUGACUGUCUUACUCCUUCUGCCAACGGGAGGGAUUAAAUUGAUCGGGUUGUGGGCCUUACUGAUGCAUGGUGGCAAUAUGGGUGUUUUGGCAAGUGUCGGUUCAGCCUGCUUCCUCCAGGAUCCCCGUCUGCGCACCAUAACAGGCAGCGGACACUGCUACAACAACGACAAGGUCUCCAUCCAGCUAUGCCGCAGCAUGGGCUUCCACCCCUCCGAGGAAGCGACAAUGUGUCGCGUCUGCGAGCCCGAGCGGGAAUUCUGCUGCUCCUACCCGGGGCUCUUCCUUCCCGAAGGCCCGCCCCUGACCUGUUCAGCUACCACGACGCAGGCCACGUCCAGUCCAACGACGUCUCAUUACACUUACGCUAUGGGUCUGAUUCCUGCCGAGACACCAGCGCCGUUCUUGGAGCCUUUCGCAACACUACCCAAUAACUUCUUCACAACCGAAAACCAUACCAGUCAUCCUGCGCAGGACGCCCAAUCGACAACGUCGCACAGUGGAUUAUCCGUGGGGAAUAUCUCCGAACUCAUUUUCACGUAUUCUACAGCGGGAGCUACUGAUGCUUCACAGAAACCGGAGACGGGAAACGGUGGGACAGAGGGUGAUGGCCCACUCGCAUACUGCAAUCGCCCACAGAGUACGCAGUUAUCAGAUGGGCCCGGUUGUUACAUCGCGUCGCUGUACGAAUCGCAGACGAAUAGCGUGCCGUUUGGAUUGAGAACCUUUGGUGUGGGUGUUUUGGUCGAUCCGCAAUGGGUGCUAACUACAGCUAUUCGUUUUCCAACGUCCAUCGAAAGCGGCCGUUUCUGGGCCAAAAUCGGUCAACUGCCGCAAAGCAUUCCCUACAAAGUCACCACGGUUAUCCCGCAGACCAGUGUCCGCUAUCCGGAGAAUGGCUUAUCGCUAUUAAAACUGGAACAUCCCGUCGACAUGACCCGUUACUGUACCGCCUGCCUGACGGAUCCCGACAGCGACCAGGAGGUCACGGCAGAUGGUUACGGCGGGGAUUGUGUCGCGGUUGGUUUCAACGCCACCAAUGCGUUUGGGCGGGACCUCAACGACGGGAGUGUACAGCGGGUGGAGUACAAUAUUCUGGGCAAAGCGGCCUGCGAAGAGGCCCGCAAAAAGAUGGAGCAUCGACAUCCGCCGCAGCAGGUGUGGCUGCGCCAGCAAGGGAACCCGGCGGCCGGGUGGUUUUGCGGCGGGAAACCGGGACAGAAAAGCUGCAUGAAGGAUUACGGAGCCCCGUUAAUUUGCAUGGAUAGACCGAAAGGUUUCCAGCGCGUGGCCGGAAUGAUGGUGUCAACCGGAUGCAUCGACGACGAAAUGCGCGGCGUGGGAACGUUCAUCGAAGUUGGAUCGGUUCGGGACUGGAUUCAGUACGAGAUUGGCCGACCGAUGAAUCCUCGAGCUCCUUCGCCGAAUCAACCAGGAAUACUGCUAAAAAAGAAAAAUGCAUGACGCAGUUGUACCAACAUCAUUCGAUCUGAGCUGUUUUAAUUACUGUACUGUUAUGAGUACUCUCUGAUUGCUAAGCAACAUGGUGCAAUACGGCUGAUUACCGUUUUUGCUGCUCUGUAUCAAUAAAAAAUUAAAAACUGCAAA